GUGGCAGAUAGGCUCGUCCGCUCCUCCGCUCGCUCGCCCUCUCGCCCGCCCCGCCGUCACGCUCUCGGAUGCGCCGCAGCCGCCGCAGCCCCGGUGGCCCCCACGCGCGAUCGGGUGGCCGGGCGAGCGGAGCGGGCCGAGGGCGUCCCCCCGCAGCGCCCCGCGGCCGGAGGGAUGCGGUGUCCUCCCCGCGCCUAGAGGGAAUAUCCGAGCCCCAGCCCGGUGUCGGCGUCCAGAGGGAUGUGGAGCCACAGAGGCAGCGGACCCUGUGACUGACACAACCUCUCCUGCCCACAGCUGAAUGGAAAGACUGCAGAAGCAGCCACUGACCUCCCCUGGGAGCGUCUGUUCUUCCCGUGGAUCCAGCGUUCCUGGAUCGCCCUCCAGCAUCGUGGCCAAAAUGGACAACGAGGUCCUGGGAUACAAGGACCUGGCUGCCAUCCCCAAGGACAAGGCGAUCCUGGACAUCGAGCGCCCCGACCUGAUGAUUUAUGAACCCCAUUUCACCUACUCGCUCAUGGAGCACGUGGAGCUGCCCCGGAGCCGGGAGCGCUCCCUGUCUCCCAAAUCCAUCUCUCCCCCUCCGUCUCCGGAGGUCAUCCGGGAGUGGCUGGAGAGCCGGCAGCCCCCCACCAGCACCCCCGUGCCCGCCUCGCGCCAGGGCGGCUCCUCCACCCGCAGCAGCGUCCAGCACUUCCACCGACCCGAGACCGACACGACGGAGCUCAACAUAUACAAGAAGCCCCCGAUCUACCGGCAGAAAGACCACCAUUCCAGCGCCCACCACGGGAAGCAUCUCAUCGAGGACUUGAUCAUCGAAUCCUCCAAGUUCCCGGCGGCGCAGCCCCCCGACCCCAACCAGCCCGCCAAGAUCGAGACCGACUACUGGCCGUGCCCCCCGUCCCUGGCCGUCGUGGAGACGGAGUGGAGGAGGCGGAUGGCCUCCAAGAGAGGGGAGGAGGAGGACGAGGACCUGACGGAGGAGAUGAAGAACCUGCGGGAGCUCCAGAAGCAGGAGCUGAGCAAGGUCACCUCCAACCUCGGGAAGCUGAUCCUGAAGGAGGAGAUGGAGAAAUCUCUCCCGAUCCGGAGAAAAACCCGCUCGCUGCCGGACCGGACGCCCUUCCACACGUCCCUGCACACGAGCUACAAGAGCUCCUCCCUGCCAGCCUCGGGCAGGAGCACCCUCACCCGGCUGCAGUCAGCAGAGUUCGGCUCGGCGGGGAGCGAGAAGGGCAGUCCAGCCCUGCAGAAUGGCCAACGUGGGCGCAUGGACAGAGGGAACUCCCUGCCCAGCAUGUUGGAGCAGAAGAUCUACCCCUAUGAGAUGCUGAUGGUGACGAACCGAGGGCGUGUGAAGCUGCCGCCCGGCGUGGACAGGACCAGGCUGGAGAGACACCUGUCCCCCGAGGAUUUCCUGAAGGUCUUUGAGAUGCCCCCGGAGGAGUUCAGCAAACUGGCCCUCUGGAAGCGCAACGAGCUGAAGAAGAAAGCCUUCCUCUUCUGAGCCCCGCCCGGCCCCGAGCCCAGUCCGUGUCGCGCCGUGUACCCGCUUUAGGGCUCUCAGCCGGUUUUUAGGGCCCCUUUCCCACACCCUCAGACCUGCCCCCCCCCCUCUCCUGGCCUCGCUCCUCCCGUGGGAAACGGGCUCGGGAGGGGCUCGAACCUGCCUGGCCACGGGGUGAUGGGGCAGCCCCCGCCCCGGGGCAGGCACGGUUCAGCCAGGAGGGGUGGUUUGGGGGGGUCUCUGGGCUUUGUGCCCCCUUUUUUCCCCCCCUACACCCCUCCCGCGACCACUGGCAGGGGCAGUGCCCGGCUCUGCUCUCAGCCGGCCGGGAGCACGCUGGCUCCGGAGGGUGGGCACUGGAUGGGGGGGGGUUUCCCUCCUCCCUGGGGGUCUGCUGCCUUCAACCCCCACAGCCUGGGUGCCCCUGUGCCCCCUGGGUGCCUCUGUGCCCCCUGGAGUGCCCCUCUCCCACCCUGAGACUUGGGAAGAGCCCGGGGGCCGACUCACUGCCAGACUGAUGUUCUCCCGGGAAAAACCAGGCUGCCAUCCCACCCUGCCCCACUCCAACCCCCCCCUCCCAAUUUUGACACCCCCCCGGGUCCCUCCCGUGCCAGCUGCUUCAGCGAGGACCCCCAAGGACACUGCCAAACCCCCCUGGCACUGGGCAGGAGCGGGGCAGGGCUGGGAGGGGGGUGAGGGGGCACACCUGAGAUGAAUUUGGGGAGGGGGGGGUCUCAGUGGGACCCUGGGGCAGCUCCUGGUGCAUUUCCAUGGGCAGAUGUGCCCACGGGGGGGGAUGCACUGGGAGAGGGGGUACAG